AUGCUGUCUUUGAAGAAGUAUCUGACGGAGGGUCUUAUCCAGUUCACUAUUCUGCUGAGCCUGAUGGGUGUGCGUGUGGACUUGGAUUCCUAUCUGCCCUCUCACCUGCCCCCUUUGCACGAGAUCAUCCUGGGGCCUACUUCUGCCUAUACACAGACUCAAUUCCACAGCCUUCGUGGUACCUCUGAUGGUUAUGGGGUUCACCCCAAGAGUGUGGACUUGGACCAGUUUUUCACCUCCCGCAGACUGCUAAGCCGUAUGCGUGCACUGGACAGACUGCAGGUGCCCAGCACAGAGCUUGAUGCCUGGUUAGUGCACAGGGAAGCUGAGAGCUCUGUGUCCAGCGCUCAGACUGGCUCCAGCCGUUCUACGGACAGUCCUCAAAACCUCCCCACUUCAGAGAGCAGCCUCAGGGACAGCUUAGAGAAUGAACAAGGACGUGAAUCAGAGGAACUUGGGGCAUCUGCUCAGUGUGAAAACACAGAACUUGGAAAAGAGGAAAUUGAUCCGAUAGAUAUUUUAUGGCUUCAGGAUAUUGACCUUGGAGCAGGGCGAGAAGACUUUGAGAGUCGCCAUAAUCACAAGGACAAUGAAGAUGUUUGGGAAUCCUUGGGUGAUAGCUCAGGAAGUGAAAAUGUGGAACACCGGUUGCUGGUGGAUGGGGAGACUGGAGAAAAUGUACCUCAGGAGGGCCAAACAGCUAUGUCAUUGGCAGAAUGCCUGAGUCUCCUGGAUGACAAUUUCCAGUUUGAUUCUUCAGAGUUUCCAGCUCCUCCCCCAACAAACAUCUUGGAUACAGAGCCAGACCAGACAGGUUUAGAACAAGCAGAUGGUCUGCUAUCUCCAUUUCUACCAAAUAUUGAGACCCCUCUGGACUUGGAGGAGCAGUGGCAGGACCUAAUGUCACUCAUGGAUAUGCAGCCCAUGGACAUCAACAGUUCAUCCGAGGACCCCCUAUAUUUAAGCAUGGACCCAUCGCUCCAGCAGAAUGAAGGCAUCCAUCAAACAGCUUUUCAGGGUUGUUCUCAAAAUAUGUCUGUCUACAGUCCCACCAUGGAGCAUUUUCCUGUUCCUGACUCUCCACUUCCUCAGCUCUCCUCUCAUAACUCUACUGACCUGAAUUCUACUUUUGGGUUCACAAACUUUUCUGGGAUUUUGUUUCCUUCACAGCAAAACAGUACAGCUAAUGUAACAGCCACUAAUGUUCUGCAAGAUCCACUUAGUGGAAUCCUGGAUGAGGCUUUACUGGAUGAAAUUAGCCUUAUGGAGCUAGCACUGGAGGAAGGAUUUAGCCAAAUACAGGCCUCACAGCUUCAAGAAGAGCUAGAUUCAGAUUCUGGUCUCUCUCUGGACUCUCACCGUAGCCCAGUGUCGCCUAGUGGGUCUGAGACUUCUUCCUCAUCUUCCUGCUCCUCCUCCUCUUCCUCCUCUUUCUCGGAGGAGGGAGCAGUAGGAUACAGUUCUGAUUCUGAGAUGAUGGAACCUGAGGAGUCAGAAGAAUCCAUUAGUUACCAACCAGAAUACAGCAAGUUCUGUCGAAUGAGUUCUGAGGACCCUAGUCGAUUUCAGCGCUUGCUCUUUCUGGAGCAUGUUGGGCACAAUCAUACCUAUAAUAUGGUUCCUGAUGAGCCAGAGGAGGAGCAGCCACAACCGGCAAGAGGCAGCAGCAGAAGACCUUCAGUGUUUUUAGACCGGCAAGCAGGGAGAGAUGAACAAAGAGCAAGAGCUAUGAAGAUUCCUUUUAGUAAUGAGAAGAUUAUUAACCUACCUGUCGAGGAAUUUAACGAGCUGCUAACCAAGUACCAACUUACUGAGGCACAGCUUUGCUUAGUACGAGAUAUUCGCAGGCGAGGAAAGAACAAGAUGGCAGCUCAGAACUGCCGUAAGAGAAAAUUGGACACCAUUCUGAACCUGGAACAAGAAGUUAAGCGUUUAAGUCGAGAACGUAGCUCUCAAUUGAGGGAAAAGGGUGAAAACUUGAGAUCGCUCCAGAGAAUGAAGCAGGAAGUGGAAAGCCUUUAUCAGGAAGUGUUCAGCCAGCUUAGAGAUCAAGAAGGUCGGCCAUACUCUCCUCAGCGAUAUGCCUUGCACUACACUAGCAAUGGCAACAUAGUACUCAUGCCACGCAAUGCAGAGGGCCAACAAAGCCGACGUUCAGAGAGGAAGGAUCGGAGGAAAUGA